ACCGCACGAUGAAGUCGUACCUAGCAGCUGUCCUGCUCCUCUGCUGUCUUCCAGGCCUCGCCUACGGGGCCUGCGCCAUCGCCAACGAGCUCAAAAACAACCUCCCCGCCACCCUCUCGGGUGAGGCAUGUCCGCAGAAGACGGACCCAAAACUGGUGGCUCUGAAGAAGAAGGCAGCGGAUGAGAAGACCCAGCAGGACGUCACGAUCUACAUGCUGCAGGCCAUGGCGGCCGUGGAGGAGAAGGCCACGAACGCGCUGGAAGCCAAGCUGAAGAAACUGGAGGUGACCUUGAGGAUCCUUGAAGGAGAGAUGAAAAGGAAGAAGGCGGAACUUAAGGUGGUGGACAAACAACCCAAGAAGCAAGGCGACGCGUCCAAGGGCGAUUUCCCAGACUGUGGUGGUAUCAAGAUCAUGGACCCGACCGUCACGAGCGGGCAGCGGCAGAUCAAGAUCAAGGGAAACACGCAGAAGACUCCCGUCAAGUGUGACAUGGAGACCAUGGACGGAGGCUGGACGGUCAUCCUGGAGAGGGACGCGUCCCAGAGUAAGGUGGUGGACUUCGACAAGGAUCUCGCCGCGUACAAGAAGGGCUUCGACAGCCCGACGGACGCCAACUUCAUCAUGGGGCUGGACGUCAUGAACAAGCUGACGGCUCAGGGGAAGUACCAACUACUGGUGGAGAUGGAGGACUUUGAUGGUGCGAAGGCCUCGGCAAUGUACAAGGAGUUUAAGGUCGGAGAUCAAGCCAGCAACUACAAGCUGACCAUUGGUGAGUACGACGACGCCAAGAGCACAGCUGGAGACGCGCUGUUCUUCCACAACGGGAAACCGUUCAGCGUCAAGGACAAGGACAACGACGGAAACACUAAACUGGCCUGGGCUGUUGUAGCGACAGGAGGCUGGUGGUACCAUGAGAACGGCUACGCAGCUCACCCCACUGGAAAACAACUCGACAAGACUAAGAAGGCAGACAUGGAGGUUCAGACCAUCAACUGGAUGCCGUGGCGAGGCUGCGAGAAGCUCAAGAAAAUCUCCUUCAAAGUCAGGCAGGAUAGCUUCAAACUGGUCUACUGAGGAGGGCCUCAAGGUCAUGUCUCAAGGUCAUGUCUCAAGGUCAUGUCUAAAGGUCAUGUCUCAAGGUCAUGUCGGUAGAAGACGUUUGUUAACGACACGUCGGGUGUUACUUUAACGAUUUUAACGUUUUAACGAUUUCUAUUUGAUUUUUCAGUAAAGCAAAAUCAUAAUCUUACAAAACGUCGCGAAUCUUAGCAAUGACAGUCGGUAUCACGGACUGUUAUCGUUUCCUCAAACUGCAACGUUGACUGUAUUUCUGAUUAUAUGCAUGGUUGGUUAACAUGGGUGUGUGUCAAUCAUGCUUUUCUCCUUGUUUAAUGAUAU